UUGCUACCAAAGUCCUGUUUACCAUAAACACGUGUUUUCGCGACCAAAAUAUAUAGUUUUUGCUUAAUCAGACACCAUUUAAGAAGAAAAAAUGCCAAAAUCAAAGAGAGAUAAAAAGAUUUCUUUGACACAGACACGGAAGAAAGGGCUGGAGUUAAAACAGAAGCUUAUAGAAGAUAUCCGUGAGUCCGUGGACCAGUAUGCCCGUAUUUUCACAUUUUCUGUACACAACAUGAGGAACACAUAUCUGAAGGACAUUAGACUGGACUGGAAACAUAGCAGGUUUUAUUUUGGAAAAAACAAAGUGAUGUCAUUAGCGCUAGGCAGAACGAGUUCAGACGAAUACCGGGAAAAUCUUCACAACAUCUGCACACACUUGAAGGGACAGACAGGGUUGCUCUUUACCAACAAAACCAAGGACGAAGUAGUAAAGUACUUUGCCGACUUCCACAAGAGUGAUUAUGCAAGGUCAGGUGUUGAAGCUACUCAGGAGGUAACGUUGGAGGAAGGGCCAUUGCCAGACUUCUCACACGCCAUGGAACCACAACUAAGACAGCUGGGCUUACCUACAGCACUGAAGAAAGGGGUGAUAACGUUGCUGAAGGAUCAUAAAGUGUGCAAUCUAGGACAGAUCCUAUCUCCAGAACAGGCACGAAUACUGAAGUUGUUUGGGUAUCAGAUGGCUGAGUUCAAGGUGACAGUGGAGAACAUGUGGUCAAACACUGGCAAGUUUGAAGAAAUAGAGGCCAAACCAGACACACUAACACCCACAAAAGUUCGAGUGCGACCAAAGCCCAAGUCCAAGAAAGAAAUUGAAGAAGACAUGGAAGCGGAUAUCAUUGACAAUGAUGAUGAUAUUGAUGAUGACGAUGAUGAAAAUAAAUGAUAAAAUGUGA